UCGUUGGUUAACAGGACGAAGUUUUAGAUGUUAUUGUGACACUUAUUUUGUGUGAAAGAGAGUCUUUUAUCAGGCCCGAGUCUCGUUGAGACUAAAGUAUUUUCACAUCUGUUAACAUCCGCUAAGAAGUGCAUGUUUACAGGGAGUCUGAGACAGCUGAUAAUAUGCGUGAAGGAGUCUGAGUGCUGUGUCCUGUUUCAAAUUUUAAAACGAAACCCUGCAUUUGUUCUGAAGGACGAAGAGUCAUUCAUUAUGGCCAACAAGACAACCAGGCUAGGCUUACACAUUCAGGAAAAUCCAGAUGGCGAUGAGUCCUGUGAAAAUAUUCCGCCCGGGGGCACUGUUCAAGCCAGGACUUCUAAACUCAAGCGGCCCCGUGAAGAAAACAAGCCUCUCUCGGACAGUUGCACCUUUUCAACCCCUGCUCCAACAAGCAACAAGCAAAAGUCUCGGCUCUCUUUCCAGUCUGCUCUGACACCAAUUUUAAAAUACUUAAAUAUUGGCAAUAAAUCUCCAGAGCCUUCAACACAUGAAAAUAAUCAUCGUCUGACAGCUCCUCUUUUCUCCUUUGGUCCAGACACUGCAGAUUAUCAAAAAUUAACAAAAAGUUCUGUUCAACAGUCCAACUCAAAUGUCCCCAGUAGCUAUUCUGGGCAAAUAUUCCGCGGUAUGGAUAGUCCUGUGUCCUUCCUGGGCGAUGAAUGCUUGCCAGAAAUGACACUGUACGAUUCGACGUGUGAUUCUAUGAUACAGCUGACUAGAAAUGAGUCCCCUGUUCCUGACAGUGCACCUGCUACUACUGCAAGCACGUGCCUUCCAGAAAGUAUUUCUGAAGUUCAUCCUCCUGAACUUUCAGAGCAUGUGGCGACAAUGGAUGUUACAGACCUGAAUGCCAAGAUGGUUGAUCCCUCUCAGAGCAAGCAUGCUCCGGUACCCUGGCUGAUACUUGACAAAUUCUUGCCAGAAAUUACUCUCCUUGAUGUUACACAUGAUUCACAGUCAUCACCAGGAGAACAGGAGAUCACCAUGGAUGUAACGCAGGAUCUUCCACCUCUUGAUUUAAAAAUCGUCAGACCUUUGUCAGAGCUCAGUGAAAAAAUUGUGGCAGAGCCUAGCAGUUCAGGCAUUAUUUCAGGUGAAAAAUUAUUAAAUACAAGUAUGCAAUCUGACAGGUGUGUGAGGGAAAACAUAACAAAAACUGAUCUGGAAGUAACUCAGGAUAUUACUAUGGGGAGUGUUUUGGAAAAGUCUUCAUCAGAGCCCAGUGAACAUAAUAUGGAGAAGAGUCAAACAUCUGCUGAGGAUACACUUGGGAACAAUCCUGCUAAUAUUACUCGUGAAAUAAUAUCCUCUAGUGACAUGUCUGCACACUCUAAUAUUGGGUGCAGCACUAGUCCAGCAAAAGUCACCUCAGAACUCUGUGAAAAAAAUGUUGCGUCUUCUGAUGUGGUGGAAUCUAACAAUGAAGAGCUGGUUACCAGCCAUGAAACCAAGUCACCCAGCAAACCCAGUAGCCAAAAUAUGGAGAAGAGUCAAACAUCAGCAGAGGAUACACUUGGCAGCCAACCAGCUAAUAUUACACGUGACAUGACAUCCUCCAGUGACACAUCAGCUCAGGGUGUGCGGUUCUCUACAUUUAAUAUGGAGUGUAGUAAUAGUCCAAAGAAGGUCACCUCAGAACUCUGUGAAAAACCUGUUGCAUCUUCUGAUGUGGUGGAAUCUAACAAUGAAGAGCUGGUUACCAGCCAUGAAACCAAGUCACCCAGCAAACCCAGUGGCCAAAAUAUGGAGAAGAGUCAAACAUCAGCAGAGGAUACACUUGGCAGCCAACCAGCUAAUAUUACACGUGACAUAAUGUCCUCCAGUGACACAUCAGCUCAGGGUGUGCGGUUCUCUACAUUUAACACGGAGUGUAGUACUAGUCUAAAGACGAGCACCUCAGAAUCAUGCAGAGAACUUGUGGAGUCUUCUCACAAAAUGAAAAUUAACAAUGAGGACACCAAUUUGAAAAACAAUGUGCCACAACCAAACCCAAAAGAAGUGGAGUCUGGGAAUGGUACAUUUAAUAUUGUGCAGGCCGUCAAUCUGAGUGCAUCCUCUGAUUCAAAUGCUAUUGCUUCAGUUUCCUACCCUGUGAAUAAGGCGCUUGAUCUUCCUCCAUUUAAUGUAAACUGUUGCAAAGAUGGAUCUGGGGCUCCAGACCAGGCAAGUCAAAAUUUCUCAUCUGUAAAGGAAUGUGGUCCAUGUCACAUGCAGAACACCACUUUUGAAAAGCAUUCUCUUCAAAAAUCCAGUGGAGGCACAGUCUUAGAGGAAGCAGCUGCUGCAGCGGUUGAGCUCAAGAACAACACUUUUGAUUCUGAAACAUCUUCCAAGAAGAGCGACACAAUAACUCUGUCAGAAACAGCCCCAAGUGAAAGUAGCCAAAGUGCUUCAAAGCCAAAUAGCACCGUAACUUUGACAGAAAUGAGCUCAUGUGACAGUCACCAAAGCGCUUCCAGGCCGAACGGCACAUUAACUUUAUCUGAGACAAGCUCAUCUGACAGCCACCCAAGGUCUUCGGAGAAGCCCACUACACCGAAAGUCAGUAAUCUAACCACUAACCUUACAGACAAUGUCGACCCCAAUCUAUCAAAGCAUAAUGUGACCGCAGAUGCUAAUGAUCAUAAUGCCAAGGUGGUUGAAACCCAUGAUGACACUUCUGGAGCCGGUAGCUGUGAGCUUAAGGAUCAUUCAGGUGUGCCUGUGAUGGGUGGUCUUUCUGACUCUUUAAACCGUCAAAGCAUUGGCAUGGUGAAAAACAAAGCAGACACAUUCAAUUUGGAUGACACCCUAGACUUAAAGGCAGACUGCUUGAUUACUUCCACGCCAAUGACUAACUGUAAAAUAUUGAACUUUAGCACUGAGCGAAACGUAGGCAUUCUCCCAGGAUUGCAGAAGGAACUGUAUACAGAUGGUCCCAGUAAGCCUGCUGAUCAGAUGCCGUCAGAUGCUCCAUCAAACCUCGUCUGUGACCGUAAAACAUUCUUGAAACAGCCUCCUGUUAAAUCCCUUUGCCCUCCUUCAAAAGCUGCAGCUCCGCUGAUGAAAUCAAACCCGCUUUCCUCAAUUCCAGCCAGAUUGAAUACAGCGACAUCCAGCUUGCCCAUGAAAAGGCAAAGAACCCAGGCUGAAGCUUCAAGAAAUACUGCCGCUGCUGCUUGUAAUGCACCCCAUGGGACCACAGGAGUAACAUCCUUCUACAAUUUACGUCCUACAACAACAGGAUCCAAGGUGCCCAGCUGUGGCUUGCAGAGACCGCAGUUGAGCGGUAUCCCAUCAGGCAUCCAGAGAGCUACAUCAGGUCUUAGGUUUUCUUCAGCAAGAAGCAGUACAGCAAUUUCUUCAACUGCUGACAAGCUCUGUGGACCUGCAGUAACUAAGCCUGUGGCCAGGACUUCACAAGCAACGAAGCACCCUCUAACCAGAGGGGAAACUUUGUCGGUAUCAAAGAGGAAGAAAAUGGAUGCUUCCAUGCCAUCCAGUAAUGUUGAAGCUCCAGCAUCUGCCUGCGAUGCUGCAAACAAAGCCAAAACCCUGAAGCAGCCCAGUCAGAGAGCUGUGCCUGCUAAAACUCAAAGAGAAGAGGCCGCAGUGCCAGCGUGUACUGCUGAAAGUUCAGCAUCAUGUAACGCUGCCAGCAGAGCCAGGGGCCUGAAACAGCCUGGAAUCAGCAAUAGAGCUCCCCUACCUAAACCCCAGGGUCACGGCUGUACAAAAUGUGCUGUGCUUGAAGAACAACUCAAAAUGAAAUCAGAAGAAAACCAAAGACUGAAAGAAGAGUUACUAAAAUACACUAAACAAGAAGAUCCAGUCAAAUCCCAGUGUUAAUAUUUAAAAUCUGUGCUGUGUUUAAAUGUUAAUAUUUACAUGUUAAAAAGUACUUUACUCGUUGAAGUAGAAACUUUUUUUUUUUUUCCCUUUUGCAGUGAGGAUGACAUUUUAAGAAAGUGUGUGUACAUUGUUUAAUGUUUAUCUAAUAAAUCAAAGAAUGUG